AUGCUAGAAGGCAUUUUAGAUCAGGUAUACGAGGAACUCGCCGAGAAAGUAUUUAACACGGGAGAUUCUGGGGUCGCAGAUGUCGACGACAGAGCCGAGUUCCAGGAGUUCUUGAGAAAGCUUAAGCAGGUCAAGAACGCCGAGAUACCAUUCACCUUGAUCCUGGAUGACCCUCUGGCGAACUCACACGUGCAGAAUUUGUAUGCGCCUGAUCCAGACCCGAAUAUGGAGAUCGUCACAUACGAGCGAAUGUGGCAGCAGAAUGAAGAUCUUGGAUUGAAUGACAUGAAUGUGGAAUCGUACAGUGGGGAUGAUACGAAGGACGGUAAUACUGAAAGCCAGAGGUCAUAG